ACCGGCCGCCCUCUUAGCAUGGGAUACUGCCGCCUCUGCCACGGGAAGUUUUCCUCGCGGAACCUGCGUCACGCCUUCGGGAAGGCGGCCGGGCCCGGGCCCGGGGAGAGCGCGGAGAGCCAGCGGCGGGCGGAGCCGCUGUUCUUCCUGGACUUCCAGCGCCUGCUGGGGGUCCCGCUCCGCCGGGACCCCGCCCUGCCCCAGUUCGUCUGCAAGAACUGCCACGCUCAGUUCUACAAGUGCCGCGGCGUCCUCAGGACCUUCAUCCAGAGGGUCAACGCUUCGCCCGGGGGCCUCCGCAAGGCCCGCCGAAAGGGCAGCAGCGACGAUCAUCAGCCGGGCUCCGGGCCCAAAGAGGGAGCCUGCCUAGCGGACCCCAUCUCCUCCAGCCCCAAGUGCCUGCACGGGCUGGUGGGGUGGGCGCACGGGCACGCGGCCAGCUGCGGGGCGGUGCCCAGCCUCCAGAGCGUGCUGUCCUCGGAGUACCGCGGCAUCAUCCGGGCCGUGUGGGGCUGCGGCCGAGGCCACGACUACGUCAUGAACGCGGACCCCGACUGCGGCUCCUCGCUGCUGGACGGCGCCCUGGCCGUCAAGCGGGAGGCGGCCCGGCGGCUCGCCGGCAACGGGGAAGCCGGGGCCCCGGCGCCCGCCGGCCCGGAGAACCGCCCGCCGCCCGCCAGGGAUGCCGCACAGCUCCCCGCCGACGGCAGCCGCUCGGGACCCGAGCCGAACCCGCCGCCCCGGGCCGGCCCGCCCCAGAGCGGGACUCCAGGGCAUUUGAGUGGGAAGCAGGUUCCGUCGUCAAUCUCGGAUGAUCGGGUAAAAGACGAGUUCAGUGACCUUUCUGAGGGAGACUUCUUGACCGAAGACGAAAACGAUGAGAAGCGGAAUGCCCAGUCCUCGGAUGAGUCCUUUGAGCCUUAUCCGGAAAAGAAAGUGUCUGCUAAGAAGAGCGAAAGCAAAGAAGCCAAGAAAUCAGAGGGACCCAAAAUUCGCAAGAAGCCGGGACCCAAACCAGGCUGGAAAAAGAAGAUCAAAUGUGAAAGGGAAGAGCUGCCCACCAUCUACAAGUGUCCUUACCAGGGUUGCACGGCUGUAUAUCGAGGGGCGGAUGGCAUGAAGAAACACAUAAAGGAGCAUCACGAGGAGGUACGAGAGCGGCCCUGCCCGCAUCCUGGCUGUAACAAGGUGUUCAUGAUUGACCGCUACCUACAGCGCCACGUGAAACUCAUUCACACAGAGGUACGAAAUUACAUCUGCGAUGAGUGCGGGCAGACGUUCAAACAGCGGAAACAUCUUUCAGUUCACCAGAUGCGCCACUCAGGAGCCAAACCCCUCCAAUGUGAAAUCUGCGGGUUCCAGUGCAGGCAGCGGGCGUCGCUCAAGUACCACAUGACCAAGCACAAAGCUGAGACGGAACUCGAAUUUGCCUGCGACCAGUGCGGGCGGCGCUUCGAGAAGGCCCAUAACCUGAACGUCCACAUGUCCAUGGUGCACCCCCUGACCCAGAACCAGGACAAGGACAAGGCCAAGCCCCCGGAGGGCGAGCAGGCGCCCCACCUCCCACCCCCCUCGGGGACCACCCAGAGCCCCGCGGUCAAACCGGAACUGGUGGCGCACCCGGAGCCCACCUGAGAGCCUGGGAGGCGGCGGGGAGGAGGUGCCGCCCGUCGGCCUUGUACAAACCAGCUGUUCAGAUGGGGUUUUAAAAUGACGUUUUAAUCGUUCUUCAAACGGACUGCGGCGGUUGCUUCAGCUUGCUCAAACGAAAAGCUUACCGGGCUGUAAUUCUCUCGCCUCCCCCCCCCACUCCACGCGGCCCUCGUGCAUCAUCAAUCGUAUUUAUUGAGCGCUCACUGAAACU